CUGAGCCCGCCCGAGCUUCCGGGAGAGCGACGUUAGGCUGCGGAUGUGUUAGUCUCCGCGUGUGUGAUUACAGCGGCGCGGGCUCCGGAGUGGAGAGGUGCUGGCGUUGCGGGGCCGGUGAGUGAGGGCAAAGGCGAGAACGGAGGAAACCUCGCGGCUUCCAGGCGUGUGACAGGGCUGGGUCCUCCAGGCCACUGCCAUGAACCCGCAGUGCCGGGAGACCCAAACAUGGCAACCAUGGAAGAAAGCUUCCCCCGAGGGGGUACGAGAAAGCCCCACAAAUCAGACAAGGCUUUCCAGCAGUCAGUUGAACAAGACAACUUAUUUGAUAUUUCUACUGAACAAGAAUCCACCAAAAGGAAAAAGAACCAGAAAGGACCAGCAAAAACAAAGAAGUUGAAAGUUGAAAAGAGAGAAAGCAGCAAGUCUAUAAGAGAGAAAUUUGAUAUCCUUAGUAUUGAGUCCCUGUGUGAGGGGAUGCGGAUUUUGGGUUGUGUGAAAGAGGUAAAUGAACUGGAACUGGUGAUUAGUCUCCCCAAUGGCCUCCAGGGGUUUGUGCAAGUGACUGAAAUCUGUGAUGCUUAUACCAAAAAGCUGAGUGAGCAAGUGGCGCAAGAAGAACCUCUAAAGGACCUGGCCCGCUUGCCUGAACUCUUCUCGCCUGGGAUGCUGGUGAGAUGUGUGGUGAGCAGUCUGAGCGUCACAGAGAAGGGCAAAAAGAAUGUCAAGCUAUCUCUGAACCCCAAAAAUGUCAACGAAGUAUUGAGUGCUGAGGCCCUGAAGCCAGGCAUGCUGCUCACAGGCACCGUGUCCAGCCUAGAAGACCAUGGCUAUCUAGUGGACAUUGGUGUUGCUGGGGCCAGAGCUUUUCUGCCACUGCAGAAAGCGCAGGAGUAUAUCCGGCAGAACAAAGGUGCUAAACUGAAGGUGGGCCAGUACCUGAACUGCAUCAUUGAAGAGGUAAAAGGCAGCGGAGGAGUUGUUAGUCUGUCUAUUGGUCAUUCAGAAGUUUCUACUGCCAUUGCUACUGAGGAGCAUAACUGGACCCUUAAUAACUUGCUGCCAGGGCUGGUAGUUAAAGCCCAGGUACAGAAGGUGACUCCGCUUGGCCUUACGCUAAACUUCCUCUCAUUCUUCACUGGCCUGGUUGACUUUAUGCACCUGGAUCCCAAGAAAGCUGGAAAAUAUUUCUCAAAUCAAGCAGUGCGGGCCUGUGUCCUCUGUGUCCAUCCUCGGACCAGAGCUGUGCGGCUGAGCCUGCGUCCCGUCUUCCUGCAGCCUGGGCGCCCCCUCACCCGGCUCUCUUGCCAGCAUCUGGGAGCUGUGCUGGAUAACGUUCCUGUCCAGGGCUUUUUCAGCAAGGCCGGGGCCACCUUUAGGCUGAAGGAUGGGGCUCUGGCCUAUGCCCGGCUCAGCCAUCUCUCCGAUCCUAAGAAUGUCUUCAAUCCUGAGACCUUCAAGCCAGGGAACACUCACAAGUGUAGAAUCAUCGACUACAGCCAAAUGGAUGAACUGGCUUUGCUGUCUCUGCGGACGUCUGUUAUUGAAGCUCAGUAUCUUAGAUAUCAUGACAUUAAACCUGGGGCAUUGGUAAAGGGCACGGUACUGACCAUAAAGCCAUAUGGGAUGCUGGUGAAGGUGGGUGAGCAAAUCAGGGGCCUGGUACCUCCCAUGCACCUGGCUGACAUCCUGAUGAAGAAUCCAGAGAAGAAGUACCGCACUGGGGAUGAGGUCAAGUGUCGGGUUCUGCUUUGUGACCCUGAAGCCAGGAAGCUGAUGAUGACCCUGAAGAAAACCCUGGUUGAGUCCAAACUACCUGCCAUUACCUGCUAUGCUGAUGCCAAGCCUGGUCUGCAGACACACGGCUUUAUCCUCAGGGUCAAGGACUAUGGCUGCAUUGUGAAGUUCUACAAUGAUGUGCAGGGACUAGUGCCCAAGCAUGAGCUCAGUGCCGAGUAUGUCCCUGACCCAGAGAGGGUCUUUUACGCUGGCCAGGUGGUGAAGGUGGUGGUGCUGAACUGUGAGCCGUCCAAGGAGAGGAUGCUGUUGUCCUUCAAGCUGUUGAGUGAUUCAAAGAAAGAGUGUGCUGGACACAAUCAGAAGAAAAGAAGAGCUGUUAAUGUUGGGCAGUUGGUGGACGUGAAGGUGUUAGAGAAGACCAAAGAUGGGCUGGAGGUGGCUGUCCUGCCCCACAACAUUCCUGCUUUUCUCCCCACACCUCAUCUGUCAGACCAUGUUGCCAACGGCCCACUGUUGUAUCACUGGCUCCAGGCUGGCGACACCCUGCACAGAGUCCUGUGUCUGAGCCAGAGUGAGAGACAUGUUCUCCUUUGCAGGAAACCAGCUUUGGUCUCCACAGUAGAAGGUGGCCAGGAUCCCAAGAGCUUCUCAGAAAUCCAUCCUGGAAUGCUGCUCAUCGGUUUUGUGAAGAGCAUCAAGGACUAUGGUGUGUUCGUCCAGUUCCCCUCAGGUCUUAGUGGACUGGCCCCCAAAGCUAUCAUGAGUGACAAGUUUGUGACCUCCACAAGUGACCACUUUGUCGAGGGGCAGACAGUGGUUGCGAAGGUGACCAACGUGGACGAGGAGAAGCAGCGGAUGCUCCUGUCACUGCGGCUCUCGGACUGCACCCUGGGGGACCUGGCUACCACCAGCCUCCUCCUCCUGAGCCAGUGCCUAGAGGAGCGGCAGGGUGUGCGCAGCCUCAUGAGCAACCGAGACUCUGUGUUGAUCCAGACGCUGGCUGAGAUGACCCCGGGAAUGGUCCUUGACUUGGAGGUACAGGAAGUGUUGGAAGAUGGCUCUGUGCUGUUCAGUGAGGGCCCAGUGCCUGGCCUGGUCCUGAGAGCCAACAGAUAUCAUCGGGCAGGGCAGGAGGUAGAAUCUGGGCAGAAAAAGAAGGCUGUCAUCUUAAAUGUUGAUAUGUUGAAGUUGGAAGUACACGUUUCCCUUUGCCACGAUUUGGUGAAUAGAAAAGCUAAAAAGCUGAAGAAAGGCAGCGAACACCAGGCGAUUGUGCAGCACCUGGAGGAGUCCUUUGCCGUUGCCUCUUUAGUAGAAACUGGCCACCUGGCAGCUUUCUCCCUGACCUCUCACCUCAAUGACACCUUCCGCUUUGACUCAGAGAAGUUGCACGUGGGACAGGGUGUCUCCCUAACCCUCAAGACCACAGAACCAGGAGUGACUGGUCUUCUCUUGGCUGUUGAGGGGCCAGCUGCUAAGAGGACCAUGAGACAGACCCGAAAGGACUCUGAGGCAGUCGACGAGGAUGAGGAAGUGGAUGCAACUCUGGUUGUGGGGACUGUGAAGAAGCAUACCCUGUCCAUUGGGGACAUGGUCACAGGGACUGUCAAGUCCAUUAAGCCCACCCAUGUGGUUGUGACCCUGGCAGAUGGCAUCAUUGGCUGUAUCCAUGCCUCCCACAUUCUAGAUGAUGUUCCAGCGGGCACUUCUCCUACUGCCAAGCUGAAAGUUGGGAAGACCGUCACUGCCCGAGUGAUUGGUGGGCGAGACGUGAAGACCUUCAAGUUUCUCCCAAUAAGUCAUCCCAGAUUUAUUCGAACCAUCCCGGAGCUGAGUGUUCGGCCAAGCGAGCUGGAGAAGGAUGGCCACACCGCUCUCAACACGCACUCUGUCAGCCCCUUGGAGAAGAUUAAACAGUACCAGGCUGGUCAGACCGUGACUUGCUUCUUGAAGAAGUACAAUGUGGUUAAGAAAUGGCUUGAGGUGGAGAUUGCUCCGGACAUCCGAGGGAGAAUUCCCUUGUUGCUCACUUCUCUCAGCUUCAAGGUUCUGAAACAUCCAGAUAAGAAGUUCCGGAUUGGCCAGGCCCUGAAGGCCACCGUGGUUAACCCAGAUUCUUCCAAGGCUUUCUUGUGUCUCUCGCUCAUAGGUCCUCACAAUCUCGAGAAAGGGGAAGUGGCCAUGGGCCGAGUGGUGAAGGUGACUCCCAAGAAGGGGCUGACUGUUUCCUUCCCCUUUGGGAAGAUCGGAAGAGUCAGCAUAUUUCACGUGAGUGACUCCUACUCGGAGACGCCCCUGGAAGACUUCACCCCGCAGAAGGUUGUCAGGUGUUAUGUCCUGUCCACUGCAGGCCAUGUAUUGACUUUGUCCCUGCGAUCGUCCAGGACAAACCCGGAGACAAAAAGCAAAAUAGCAGAUCCUGAGAUUAACUCCCUGAAGGACAUUCGGGAAGGGCAGCUGCUGAGGGGCUAUGUGAAGUCCGUCCAGCCGCACGGUGUGCUCUUUGGCCUUGGCCCCUCAGUUGUGGGUUUGGCCCAGUACCCGCAUGUCUCCCAGUACAGCCCGACCGAGAAAGCCCUUUAUAACAGACACCUCCCCGAAGGGAAGCUGCUCACAGCCAAGGUCCUGAGCCUGAACCACCAGAAGAACCUGGUAGAGCUGUCGUUCCUCCCGGGUGACACUGGGAAGCCGGACGUGUUUCCCGCCUCCCUAGGACUGCUGCUUCUGAAGCCAGAGGAGAGGAGAAUAGAGGCAGAGGUAGACCGCGAAGGAGAGGAGGAGAGGAAGAAGAAUCAGAAAAGGAAAGAGAAGAGGAGCCAGAAGGGGCAGGAGGAGGCGCAGCUAUCCAGCAAGAAGAAAGAGCCCCAGAAACCACAAGCGAAGAAGCAGGGCAAGCGGCUGCGCCUGGAGUCUGGAAGUGGACAGGAGAGAGUGAACAAGAAGCAAAAGAAAGCCGCUCCAUCAGAGGGAGACGACAGUGGUGUCGAGGUGUAUUAUCGGGAAGGAGAAGAGGAGAUAGAAGAGACAAGUGUGCUGCCCAAGGGGAAGCCGACCAGGCCAGCAGAAGUGCCCCGGCUGCAGCUGUCUUCUGGCUUUGUUUGGGAUGUGGGGCUAGACUCUCUGACCCCGGCCUUGCCACUUCGAGGAGAGAGCUCCGACAGCGAGGAGGACGAGAAGCCACAGCAAUCCAUGCAGAAGAAGAAAAGCAAGAAGGAAAGGGAAUUGGAGAAGCAGAAGGCAGAGAAAGAGCUGUCCCGCAUCGAGGAGGCCCUGAUGGAUCCCGGGCGACAGCCAGAGUCAGCAGAUGAUUUUGACCGACUCGUGCUGAGCUCCCCCAACAGCUCCAUCCUGUGGCUGCAGUACAUGGCCUUCCACCUGCAGGCCACGGAGAUCGAGAAGGCCCGGGCUGUGGCUGAGAGGGCUCUCAAGACUAUUUCCUUCAGAGAGGAGCAGGAGAAGCUGAACGUGUGGGUGGCACUGCUGAACCUAGAAAACAUGUACGGCUCUCAGGAGUCACUGACCAAGGUCUUCGAGCGGGCCGUGCAGUACAACGAGCCUCUCAAGGUCUUUCUCCACCUGGCUGACAUCUACACCAAGUCAGAGAAAUUCCAGGAAGCUGGUGAACUCUACAAUCGGAUGCUGAAGCGUUUCCGGCAGGAGAAAGCUGUCUGGAUCAAAUAUGGUGCCUUUCUUCUGCGGAGGGGCCAGGUUGGGGCCAGUCACCGUGUGAUGCAGCGAGCCCUCGAGUGCCUGCCCGUUAAAGAGCACGUGGAUGUGAUUGCCAAGUUUGCCCAGCUUGAGUUCCAGCUGGGGGAUGCAGAGCGGGCCAAAGCCAUUUUUGAGAACACGCUAAGCACCUACCCAAAGCGCACGGAUGUCUGGUCGGUCUACAUCGACAUGAUCAUCAAGCAUGGCAGCCAGAAGGAAGUCCGGGACAUCUUCGAGCGGGUCAUUCACCUGAGCCUGGCCCCCAAGCGAAUGAAAUUCUUCUUCAAGCGCUACCUGGACUACGAGAAGCAGCACGGCACUGAGAAGGAUGUGCAGGCAGUCAAGGCGAAGGCCCUGGAGUACGUGGAGGCCAAGAGCUCCGUGUUGGAGGACUAGUGGCAGGCGGGCUCCGGACGGCCACCGUCAGCAGCGGGCCCGCCCGGCGGAACCUCAGGCGCCGGGGCAGUUGAAAAACUGUGGUGCCUGAGGACUCUAUUUAAGUGCUGCUUUUUCUGCAGCACCCUUGGGGUAAUCCUGUUAGGAUAAAAAAGAACUUGAGAUUUCUUGUAGUUAGUUUUUGCUUGUUUUAAGUAUCAAUUUAUUCCAUCUUU